GUGGAGCUGCGGGAGCUGGCCCAGGAGCAGCAGCAGAAGGAGCUGGCGGAGGCCGUGAAGAAGGAGGACAGCACCCCCAGCCUGGGCUUCACCGGCCCCCGGGGCGCCAGCUCCGGCCUCUCCCUGGGGACCCCCAAGAAGCCGGACGAGGUGCCGGGGUCCAUCCUGAGCCAGAGGACGAGCAGAGGCCGUGGGACGAGCUCCAUGAGCCGCGUCACGUUCGGCGUCCCUGACCCCAGCCUCGGCCAGCUGUCCAGCAGUGCCUCCUUUAGGGAACGCAGCUCCAGCACAGCGCCAGGGACCCUGGUCAGCACCAGCGCCAGCGGGGCCCCGGGCUCCAGCCGGGCCUCAAGCCGGGGCCGCGUAACCUUUAGACCGGUCAGCUCCAGCAGCUACCUGGGCUCCACUGGCUACGUGCAGUCCAGCAGAGGCCAGGAGAGCUCGGGGAGCAGAGGCUUCAGUUCGGGCAAGGGCCAAGCGUCCAGCACCGGCCGUGCCUCCAGCACCGGCCCCAGCUCCUCCGCCAGCAGAGACCCCCGGUGCUACUACUAGGGCGCCCGGCCCGGCCCUGCCCCUGGCUCUUCGCAGGGUCUUCUCUGCCUGUCUGCUUGCCUGGGGCCCUGCCUCUCCGUCUGUCCCCAGCUGUCUCCUGCGCGUCUCUGGUCCUCUCCAGUUUCAUUGCUUUCUGCCUCCCAAUCCCCCAGGCUCAGUCUCCGGUCCCUUGUGUGUCUUGUCCCCGUCUCUGCCCCCGUUGAUCCCCUGCCUCCUGCUCUGCUCCCCCGUUUCCAGCGCUUUCUUCUUUGUCUCCCAGCCUCUCCUGGAGUCUUGGGUCUGUCGCUGAAGUCCCUCCUUCCCCACCCUCCCCAGGAGCCCCCCAGGACCUACCAGAUGAGCUGUGCCCUAGGAAAUAAAGGUCACAGCCUGGCGGCAAGCAUGU